AUGGUGCUCGAACCUGGAGGGUCGUCGUUGUUAAACUCUGCGUUUCCUGCUGUGGACUGGAGGCAAACACGCGUAGGAACAUACCUGGGAGGCCAGGAGGCCUUCAUCUACACCCUACUCACCUUCCUCUUCCUCGGCUGCCUCGUCACUGCCAUCUUCAUCCCAGAGGAGACUGGAAACAGAAGGAGAGAGGCAAAGACGGCGGACUACAGCCCUUUAAAGAGCCGGAGGGGCACGUACUGCCCUGACCUAUUCCGGCACUGGCUUCAGGGUUUCCACGCUGAGUUUUGUCCCUUUUCUUCACUGACUUCAUGGGCGAGGGGUUUUACCAAGGGGGUGCCAGGUGUGCGUAUGGCCAGUCUGCGGCUCUUCCUGCAGACGGAAGUGCAGUUGUUGUGCUCGGUGGGGAUGGGCCGCUGGGUUGCACUGUUGGGAGCCAGGGUGGUGAACAUCUCCGGUGUGGCCCUGCUGGCGUUGGCCGCCGCCGCCGCCAUGAGCCGGUCAGACGGCGUGACAGCCGUCACCCGCACGGUCGCCGUGACGGGCCACAUGCUCUGCGUCCUCGAGGUCGUGCCGUACACACUGCUGCGCCUCCAUCACUCGAACGGACAUGUCGGGUUUUUCUCACCACAUCCGGUCCAAGACCUUGUUUGCUCGACGAAAGUGAUGACCCAGAGUUUACCCAGCCGGCUGACUUCAUCAGGGGACGUCACCUCUGUCGGGUUGCCCCACACUUCCCUGAUUCAGGGUGAAGAUGGGAGAGGUGAAGCGGGCUGCACACCAGCCCGCCAGAGAGGGAUGUGUUAUGACGUCGUGAUACUGAACAGUGCCUUCCUGGUCUCACAGGUGCUGCCGGCAAUAUUCCUCCGCUUGGUAGUGCAGCUGGUGAACAGCGUGCGGGCCCACGCGGCCUCCGCCUGCCGCUUCAGCCUGCUGGCGUUGCCCUGCUCCGCCAGCGUCCUCUACGGCCUCGCCGACCUGCAGCCGUCUCUCCAGCAAGACCAUCAGAUGUACAGCAGCACAUGA